AUGACGGUGCGGAGAGGAAAGAAGCUCAGCAUCUCCAUCCAGGAACACAUGGCCAUUGACGUUUGUCCCGGCCCCAUCAGACCCAUCCGACAGAUCUCCGCCUACUUCCCCCGCCUGUCCCCCACCUCCCCCGUCCCCAUCUCCCCAAACCCCGCCGCGUCCCCGAUCCCCGCCUCCUCCCCUCUGGCCCUCAGCCCCGGCUCUGUGGCCUCCGGGAUGGGCGGGGCUCACCUCCUGUCUCCUCUGCUGGCCCAAGGCAGGCCGGGCGGCGGCGGGUCGUUGUCUCUGACCAGCAGCGUGGACACGUCGGUGGAGAUCAACAGCUCGGACAGUGACGACUGCACCGCCCUGGGAACGCUGGAGUUUGAGCUGAGGUACGAGCAGAGCUCCAGCGAGCUGCACUGCACCGUGCUGCGGGCCAAGGGUCUGAAGCCCAUGGACUUUAACGGUUUGGCCGACCCCUACGUCAAACUGCACCUGCUGCCUGGAGCCUGUAAGGCCAAUAAGCUGAAAACGAAGACGAUCCGUAACUCUUUGAAUCCAGUGUGGAAUGAAACUCUCACUUACGUCGGGAUCACAGAGGAAGACAUGCACAGGAAGACACUCAGGUUGUCUGUGUGUGACGAGGACAAGUUGACUCACAAUGAGUUAAUCGGAGAGUCCCGGGUGCCUCUGAAACGCGUGAAACCUGACCAGACUAAACAUUUCCACACCUGCCUGGAGCAUCCGCCUCCGAUCCCCUCUCCCACCGCCAUGGGUGAAGCCCUCCGAGGAAUAUCCUGCUACCUAAGAGAGUGGGAGAACGAGCAGCUGCACAGCCUGGAGGAGAGAGGUCGACUGCUUCUCUCCCUGCAGUUUUUGCCUCCGCUCAGUUCUGAGGAUAAAGAUCGACGCGGGUCAUGAAAAUACAGGGCAAAAUCUAAGUUUGUUUCUGGUGUAACCUAAUGUGCUUUUUCCUCCUUCUCUGCUGGUCCUGUCAGAUACCUGAAGCCCGACAUACAGAAGAAAUCCAAGCACAAAACAGCUGUGAUGAAAAAAACCCUCAACCCCGAAUUCAACGAGGAGUUUUUCUAUGAGAUCUCUCUGUCGGAGCUGGCCAACAAAACGCUGGAGGUGACGGUGUGGGACUACGACCUGGGACGCUCCAACGACUUCAUAGGGGGCCUUUGUCUGAGCUGUCACUCCCAGGGCGACGCCCUCCGUCACUGGAUGGACUGCCUGAAGAACAAGGGCCGCAGGGUGGAGAGGUGGCACAUCCUGACCAAUGAGCUGCCACGAACCCUCAGCCACGACUAACCCCGCUGCAGCAUCCUCCGCGCAUGCAGGCC